GACGACUGCAGACUGCACCUUGCUGCACCGUCCAGCGCGCACCCCCGUGGGCUUCUUGCACACCAGUUCUGCAGACCGGAGGGAGAGCACGCCCAUGUGACGCCCCUCAAGGCCACCGCAUUCCCGACCGACCUCCGCCUCCGCCUCCGCAUCCACCACCGCGGCCUGCAAUAGCCGCAAACCACGUCCACGCCAACAUGAACGACUUCGAGCGCGUUGGCCGCAACCUCGUCCGCACAUUCUACGAUCCCCCCCCGACCAACGACUCCAACGACCCCAUAUGGCUGCUCGGCGAGCGCUACGACCCCAAGCCGCCGCCGCCGCCGCCGCCGCUCAACUCGACGCCUAGCGACACGCCCUCCACCACCCGCUUCACCGAGACGCCGCAGAACGAGCGCGGCGAGGACGAGAGCUGGAUAACGACCAGCGUCGACGAGACCGACCGAAAGGAAGCGCCAAAUGGGCAAGACCCAGCACAGUACGGCGGCUGGCCAUCCUCGUUCCUCGAUGACUUCGAGUCGCGGAUAUGGAUGACCUACCGCUCCGGCUUCGCGGCCAUACAGAAGAGCCAGGACCCCAAGGCAACAGCGACCAUGAGCUUCCGCGUGCGCAUGCAGAACCUCGCCUCGCCCGGCUUCACGUCAGACACGGGCUUUGGGUGCAUGAUCCGGAGCGGGCAAUGCAUCCUGGCGAACGCGCUGCAGAUGCUGAGACUGGGGAGGGGCUGGAGGUGGCAGGACCAUACAACAGAUCCCACACACUGCUCUAUUCUGUCACUCUUCGCAGACGAUGCAAGGGCGCCCUUCUCUAUCCACCGUUUCGUUGACCAUGGUGCUGCUGUGUGCGGCAAGUACCCAGGCGAGUGGUUCGGGCCAUCGGCAGCGGCGCGGUGCAUCCAGGACCUGGCGAACAGGCACAGGGAAGCUGGCCUGAAGGUCUACGUUUCCGGCGAUGGCGCAGACGUGUACGAGGACAGGCUGAAGCAGAUCGCCGUCGACGACGACGGAAACUGGCAGCCUACACUGAUCCUCGUGGGCACCAGGCUGGGCAUCGAUAAGAUCACGCCCGUCUACUGGGAAGCCUUGAAGGCCGCUCUGCAGAUGAAGCAGAGCAUCGGCAUCGCCGGCGGCCGCCCGUCCGCAUCCCACUACUUCGUCGGCACCCAGGGCAACACCUGCUUCUACCUCGACCCGCACAGCACGCGGCCCCUCCUACCCUACCACUCCCCACCCUCGCCCACUGCCAAAAACGAUUCCAAACCCGACUCGCCGCUCGCAGCAUCCACAGCCUCGGAGACCGCAAUCACAGACUCGCAAACCACCAUCGUCCCCUCCCCCAGCGAGGCCUCCUACACGCCCGCCGACAUUGCAACAUGCCACACGCGCCGCAUCCGGCGCCUGCAGAUCCGGGAGAUGGAUCCGUCCAUGUUGCUCGCCUUCCUCGUGACCUCUAAAGAGGACUACGAGAAGUGGAAGGAGGGCGUGCAGAGCGUGCAGGGAAAGUGCGUGGUGCAUGUGCAGGACCGAGAGCCGGCGCCGAGGGGGCAGGAGAGGGAGGGCGCGGUGGAUGAGGUUGAGAGCUGCGACGAGGACGGGCUGCAGUAA